AUGACUGCCGCAUCUCAAUCCAAUACCGAAGUCAUUGUCAUUGACAGCGAUGGCGACGAUGAAAAUGAUCUGGGCCUGGCCCUGAAACGGGCACCGAGGACGGUGAACCUAGCUGCGGAUAGGCUUCCAAACACACAGGAGCAGCCCACCCCAAGGCCACCAACAAUCAACAAGACGAUACGCCCAACUCAACGCAGGGAGGACAAUAACCCACCACCUGAGAAGAUUCAGAUUCCCAUUGCGCGCCUCUCUCAGGCUGACAGAGAUCUCUUCCGCGACUUCGAGCAGCGUCACGCGGUCCCGCGCAAAGUUCACUUCGCCAGCACCUUAUCUGCAAACACCGGCCCAGACCAUGAGAGGGUUCGGAAGGCGGCAGAGUACGCACCAAGCAAACAGGAGCAGAGGAGGGCUGAGUACCGCAAUAAAGCACGUGCUAAGAGAGCUGGAGACAUUCACAACAAUAUAGUGAAGAAUGCAAGAAAGGAGUACCCGAACAAGAACGAGGCUGCCAUCCAAAGGGAAGCUCAGGCGAGAGUGGACGCAUGGAGAAGAGACAGAGCGGCGGAGGAUAAGGCGGAGAGACUGUUGAACCUCGAUGGUCUGAAGGCACAACAGCGCAGAGCCGUGACGAGCCUAUCCUCUGCCACUACAGUAGACUUCCUGGGCAAGAAUCGAGUGGUAGUUGUGUUCACCGUUUUCCAGUCCGAGCCUUUCGACGAGAAUGACGGACUGGACGAUACUGAUCGUGAAUACAACCUGGUACGUUUGGACAGCUUCAUUGACAUGAAGAAGGCAAACGAUCUUGCUACUAAGCAGAUAUACGGUGGCUUAACUGUCAACAAGGACCAACGCAAGGAAGUUAAUCUCCGGGACAAUGUUAUGCCUUCGAUCAAUGCUGCCAAGGACGCACUCAGUUCGGAUAUCCAAAAUAUAGAACUUGCAUUCAACCCCGAGCUUCACGACUCGGGAUACGAUUUCCUCAGUUCGACUGUUUAG